GCCUACCCCGCACGCACGUCCACCCCUCCUCGGCGCUGGCGGUGGGGGCGGCGCGACCGGUGGCGCGCCGCGCACCAAAGGAGGGGAGGGGGAUUCGCGAGGUUGAAGGGCGAGCUAAAGAUGGAACGGGUGGUUGCGGUUGGGGUCGGACGCGACGCGAGUAGUGGCGAUCCAGUCCUCCGCCUCGCCGCGCGCCCCGCGCCUCUAUUUAUACCGCGGCCAUCCCUCCCCGGCACACCCGCGUACGUGAGCGCUACCACCAGAGAGAUCGAUCUCCCGGGCCGCAGCAGCACCACCAGCGGAAGCGGAGCGGCAGGAUGUCGUGGCAGACGUACGUCGACGAGCACCUCAUGUGCGAGACCGAGGGCCACCACCUCACCUGCGCCGCCAUCAUCGGCCACGACGGCACCGUCUGGGCUCAGAGCGCCGCCUUCCCGUCGUUCAAGCCUGAGGAGAUGUCCAACAUCAUGAAGGACUUCGACGAGCCCGGGUUCCUGGCCCCGACAGGCCUCUUCCUCGGCCCCACCAAGUACAUGGUCAUCCAAGGCGAGCCCGGCGCCGUCAUCCGCGGGAAGAAGGGAUCUGGAGGCAUUACCGUGAAGAAGACCGGGCAGGCCCUCGUGAUCGGCAUCUACGAGGAGCCCAUGACCCCCGGGCAGUGCAACAUGGUGGUCGAGAGGCUCGGCGACUACCUCGUAGAGCAAGGCCUGUAAAAACGGGCGCCUUCGCUUCGACCCGCCGCCCGUCCGCGGUCGAAGAAGACGAAGCCCAAGCAACAAUACGACCGCCAGCACGUAGUAGUCUCUGUCGACGCACGCCUGGGGUUGUGCGUGGCUCGAUCCGUUACCUCCGGCAUUUCUUCCCCCCGCCCUUGUCGCCGAUCACCAGAGGCUCUUUUUCUUUCUUUGAUUUGUUGGUGUCGUUUUGGCAAAUAAUUUUGUGAUUUUCCUCCCGAAUUCGGUUGUCGUCUGAUUUGUGAACAACGAUAUAUAUAUGUGAUUGAACUGGUACCUAUUCUUUGUAAUGCGAGAAUGUGUAUGUAUUUCGUGCAAUCUCUUCCAGAUUUCCAAAGCACAUGAAAGAUAUAGAAAAGAAGACACCUGGUUAUGCGUUU